AACAGCAGUGUCACACAAGUGGGGGCUAGCAUCACAGAGGUGGGAGCGGUCAGUACCCUACAUGUAGCUCAGAGAGGGACCUCCCUCAGGGUUCGACAAGGGGGAGACCAGAGACAGGGGUGCUGUGGAGACUCAGCAAACUUCAACUCUCAGAUGACACCGCCCCAUCAUCCGACUGAACGACACCUUUGCUGGAGCGGUCCCACCAGUGAAGAAAUCAGCAGAUAUAUAUUUUUCCAGCUCUAGGACCCCUUCUUGAUUUUUCUCAUUUGGUUUCUUUCUCUGCCUUCUCCACACACUUCAAGAGAUCCUGAGCUGAACCACAUCCCUUGGAAAGACAUCAUCAUGAAGUAUAUCCUCCUCUGGGCUCUCUUGAACCUGCCUGUUUCCUUUGCCUUUAAUCCAGAUUAUACAACUGGCUUCACUCCACCCUACUUGGUCUACUUGAAGUCUGACUACUUGCCCUGCACCGGGGUCCUGAUCCACCCACUUUGGGUGCUCACAGCCGCACACUGCAACCUACCGAAGCUUCAGGUCAUGUUGGGGCUUACAAUCCCAGCAGACACGGAAGAAAGUGAUGUGCAAGUCGCUGGCUAUGAGAAGAUGAUCCACCACCCGUAUUUCUCAGUUUCUUCUUCUGACUAUGACCUCAUGUUGAUCAAGCUGAACAGAGUGAUUGAACCCAGUGAUUAUGUGAACGUGGUCAACUUGCCCUACCGACUUGCCCCUGUGAAUACCAUGUGCACUGUCUCCACCUGGGCCUACAACAUAUGUGACGAAUCCAAGGAGCCUGACUCGCUGCAGAACGUGAACGUCUCGGUUAUCUCCAAAUCGGAGUGUCGCGAUGCCUAUAAGUCUCACAAGAUCACGGAAGGCAUGUUUUGUGUGGGCAUUGUGCCAGGAAGGAGGCUGCCCUGCAAGGAAGUCUCAGCUGCCCCCGCAGUCUGCAAUGGGGUACUUCAUGGAAUCCUGACUUACGCAGAUGGAUGUAUUUUGAGAGCUGAUGUUGGCAUCUAUACCAACAUCUUUCACUACAUGACCUGGAUUAGGAACACAAUCCACAGCAACUGAGCUCCCAAGCAGGAAUUCUGGGCCCUGCAGCACCCUGUCAUGGCCAGCCUAGAAUUCAACUUGGUGGGUGCCAACUUGAAUUAAACUAAAUUGGACCAUGA